UAGCUUUAAACUUAAUAUUUAAUGAGUGAUUACCUCAAAAACUGUAUUAUAGUAAUUUGGUAAAUCAUAAAUUCAAAAGAGUAGUAUCAAAGUAAUAUGCAUAGUGUUUUUGUAGAAACCAUAGGUACUUUUUUUUGUAAAGUUUUCCAAUAUUUCCCAUACAUGUACACUAAGCCUAUUUAUAACUUCUGUGGUUCCUACAGUAUUUGUCAUACAUACGUAUUAGUCAUUUAUGUGUGACUUACUGUCAUACGUAUUAAAUCGGUGUGAGCCGAGUUUCCAGCGUUUGUCCAGCUGUACUACACAGCAUUGGGUGACCAAUGUUACUUAAAAAUACUGUUUCUAUGUUUGUUAUGACAGAGGGCGCUCUGAGGCUCAGAAAUCCAUAACACCAUGAGCCGCAUUCACAUUUUUUUUUUAAUUCCUGGGAAACGUUAGUAAAAUAAAUGUAUAACAGAAGUAUUUUAAUUCUACAUAUCGUUUCCAGACGUAUAAAUUAAAAUGUGCCCCGGGACGUCUAUGAAAUGAAUACAACUAUUUGAAAUUGUGUAAUCACAACGAUUGUGAUUGGUCUAUCUUGGCUAAUCGAUGAAAAAAAGGAACACAAGUCACAUGACAGCAUAUUUGCGCAAGCAUGAUGCAAAAAACUAAUUCUCACCUAUAUAAUCAUAGUCGUACAAUUCAAUAUACAAUGGGUUGAAAAUACACCGUAAAGAAUUAUAAUAAAAAUUAUAAUUUAAAGCAAUUAUAAGUUAACGUUCUUAACCAAUCAGAGAAAGCGUCUGGGUCAAAAGGCCACACCCAUUUUAUUAUCCGCGAUUUAGAUGUACUUUCCAUUCUAUCCAGUUUGUUUGCAAGGCAAGCUUGAGACGCAUUGACAUGUUUUGUCAUGAUUACUCACCAGCGACAGCAGCAGGCGGCUCCCCUCGUGUGUUUACAGCCGCUGCACUGACGCGUCGCGUCGCGUCUCAGCCCACUUUCUGCUUCAUAGGAAUGGAAAACAAACGUAAAAGUUAAGUUCCAGAUGACGCGGCGUGCAUCCGUGAACUAUGUCUAAGAAAGUAGAUUACUGUCACUGUAUUCAAAUUAUUAUUUAUGAUCAUGGCGGCGUCGCAGCGUGCGAGAAACUCUGAACUUAAACAGAUCGAAACGUGGAAACGUCACGUUAUCAGACAGCUGAAAUAUCGCAACAGGACCCAGACGAGCGUCUUCCAGGAGCUCAUACAGUCAUAUCACAGUCUGCUGGAGAAGUCCAAGCAAAGAGCCCUCAUAACCAAAGGCAUUCUGGGAUCAGGGUCAAGACCCUCACUUACUGAAGAUUCGCUGACAUCUCUACAAACAACCACCGGGGAGCUUGCGUAUCAAGUGGUGGAACUGCAGCAGAGAAUCCAGAUAAAGGAAGUGACACUGGAUGAACAGCACACCAAGCUAUAUGAGGUCCAAAACCAUCUCCGUGAUUUGGCGUCAGAACACAGCGUGCUUCAGAAAAGCGUGGCAGAGGUACAGACCAGAAACCGACUUCUGAAACAGGAAUAUGAUUCUCUGCUGGAGCAGCACCAGAACACGGAGAGGACGUACCGACAAGAGAAACUCCGCAGCUCCGAGAUCCUGGAGAACAUGAUCCUUCCAAAACAGCAGGCCGCUGUCCGCAUGAACCAUCGCAAUGAGAAGAGAGUGAGAGCCAGAGAGGCCAGUCUUCACAAAGAGCUUCAGAUGGCUGCCAGUAAGAACGUGAAUAUUAUUGAAGAGUCUGUAAAUAUGUCACCUCCCAGACCAUCGUCCAGACCAUCGUCCAGACCAUCGUCCCCUAAAAGUGACUCUUCAGAGAGGCUGGAGAGAUCCCACGGGCCACUGUUCAGGUCUGCUUCAGCUACAUCUCCGCGCAUCAUCAGCUCCAUCAGAGGACUUUUUGAGAGGAAGAUAAGAGGUAAAUCAGUUUGCAGAUCAGAGGAAGACCUCUAUAUUCCAUUAGGAGUCUGUCUGGUUGCCAGAGUCCCAACAAAGGCAAUUUUUACAAUGGAUGCUCAUGAGCUGGGAAUCAAUGCUGUGAGGUUCAGUACCAAUUCAAACCUACUGGCUACAGGAGGAACUGACAGAGUCAUCAAACUGUGGGGCAUUGAAGCAGGAACUCUUCAGAACAGAGGGACAUUAGAUGGAAGUAAUGAGGGGAUCACCAGCAUUGAGUUCGACCCGACGGGCACUCGGAUUUUAGCUGCGUCAUAUGACAAGUCGGCUCUAUUCUGGAGGCUAGAGGACAGCGUUCCCAAGGUUACAUUGACAGGUCAUUCUCGUAAAGUGACAGCAGCCAGAUUUAAAUACAGUCAGAGGCAGGUGGUCACGGGCAGUGCGGACAGGACUGUGAAGAUAUGGGACCUCCAGCGAGCAGCCUGCAUACAAACCAUUGAGGUUUUGUCUUUCUGUAGUGAUGUUGUGUGCUCAGAGUACCUCAUCAUCAGCAGCCAUUAUGACAGAAAAAUACGAUUUUGGGACAGCAGGGCAGGCACGUGCACACAGGAAGUGCCUCUUCAGGGCAGAGUGACGUCACUGGACCUCUGCCCCAACCACAGGCAGCUGCUCAGCUGCUCCAGGGAUGACAUCCUGCAGCUGGUUGACCUGAGAAAGAGUAACGACAGGGUGGCCUUCAGAGCGGAGGGAUUCAAAUGUGGAAGUGACAGCACCAAGGCCAUCUUCAGUCCGGAUGGCAGUUUCCUGGCAGCUGGCUCUGCAGACGGUGCCGUCUACAUAUGGAAUGUGAACACAGGAAACCUGGAAAAACGGCUUCCUGACAUGCACAGAGCUUCAAUAAGCGCUGUGGCCUGGUCGUUGUCUGGUGAAUAUGUGGUAAGCGUGGACAAGAGCCGUCGAGCUGUGCUCUGGAGCGAUAUCUGAGACCAGACACGGGCUGCCUUUUUCCAUCUUAUCAACUGAAGUCACUCCUGGAAAUGCACUCAGGGAUGUCAUCAAAACACAACCUUGUUGGGAAAGCUCACACUCUGCACUCCGUCAGUAGCAGGAUCCUUAGUAUUUUGACAGUCUUUGUUGCUAAGAGGCUGUGUCAUCCAAAACGCAGACAGAUGUGCUAAUGCUACAGGGGUCUGGCGACUGUUGAGCAGAGCUGUCUGGGUUUUGUUUUGAAACCUUGUUACAGAUGAAUUACCGAUGCAGAAUUUGCCAAAGCGUUUGUAGGCCUUCCUAUUGCUUGACUUCGAACUAUAAUUGUCAGCAACUUGAAAAUCUGAGAUCUCUUGACGUACGCCAGAUAUUGCUGACUGUGGGAUUUGAUAUCAAAGGGAAACAUGAACAAAAUGGAUUCAGCCUGUUUUAGGAACAAGACAACACAUUUCUGAAUACGUGGAAACUCGACCCCAAUGGAUUCGCAUGUCAGUCCUAUUUUUAGAGACCAAAACACAUAACAAACACAAAAUUGAAUGCCUGGUAAAAGGCCAUUGUAUAUUGUCACACAAUGACAAAGAUUCUUGAAUGCAAUAUAAAACGAGAUAUACAGUAAAUAUUAUACUUUCGUUCAAAACUGUGGGGUCAGUAUUUUUUUUAUGAAAUAAAUGCUGAUAUUCAGUAGAUCAGUGGUGACAGUAAAGACAUUUACAGUGUAAAAAGAUUUCUAUUUUAAAUAUAUUCUGUUAUUUAAAAAAAUAUAUAUUUCCACAAUAAUAUGAACUUGAAACUGUUUAAAUUAAUAAUAAAUAUUUCUUAGCAUGAGAUCUCAGGGAUCAUGUGAUGCCUAAGACUGGAGUAAUUGGCUGCUGAAAAUGUAGCUUUGAUAAUAAAAUGCAUUUAAAAAUAAAAUAGAAAACCAUUCUGUUAAAGUUUAAUACUAUUUUACACUAUUAACUUUUUUUUUUUAAUCAAAUAAGGUUUGAUAGAUUGCAGGCUUGGUGAGCAGAAAAGACUGACCCCAAACUUUUGAAUGCUAGUGUAUAUAUCUUAGCUGUCUUACACCACAGUGGAAAUCUUGGGACCAUUAUGAGGUUUUAUUGACUAUUUCCAUUCUAUUCUGGUCCAGUCAUUAAAGCAGACACUCCAAUUAUUGUGUUUGUUGAUUUUUAAAUUCACUCUUAUUGUCAUGCCAAUGAUUUCUAAUAAUGAAAAUAUAUAUUAAAUUAGAAAAACAGCAAAAUAGAAGCAUUUCCACUAAUGGUCUGAGAUUUUUAGACCCCACUGUGUGUUGUUAAUCACUGCUUUAGUUCUAUUGGACUGACUCCAGUAAUUUAUUAUAAAAAGGGACUUGUGUUUUAAAAAUGAAUGAGAGGAAGCCUUGGCCUCCGCCACACUCUUUAGUGCUGCCAUAGAGACCCAGUAUGCUCACUGCUAAACUGCACUCAGAUUAGCAUUUAAAAGAGCCCCGUGUCUGAUGAGAAUCACAGCGCACCGCUCUGACUGACUUUGAAGACCCAAAUUACUGCCAUCAGAGAUCACACGAGUCCAGCGUAAUGCACAGACCGCCAUGUGAUUCGAUCUGCGGUGUUCAUUUGCAUGUUAAUUGAAGGUUAGAUGAUGGAAAGUCUAAUGCCCAUCUUAAACUUCUCAGCUAUUGGACCGAGUAGUUUUAAUGUAGUGUCUAGAAUAUUUAUCAACCUAAAACCAUGAGCUAGUUGCUAUGGUGAAGUACUGUGCCUCAGAAAUUUCUAAUCUUACUAUAGAUCACUGCAUUGUUACCAAGUAAAACUUAAAAGAACUCUGCCUUUCCAAAUGUGGAUCGUCCUCAAAGUAGCACAGUUAUCAAGGGAACAGCGGUAUAUUUGUUAAUUACACUCAUUUCUUUUUUGCAAAAACUUAAGGACCAAAAGAGAGUUUUAUUAUCAAGUCAAUUGUUUACAUGCAAAAUGAAAGACAGAGCAAAGAGUAAUAAGUCUAUGCUUAUCUAUGUUCGAACAGGCGCCUUCCAUGAAUAGAGUAAAAAAUACUAUGUCCUGAAAUACCAAAACUUGUCAUGACACAGUUACAUCAUACAAGUGAUUACAUUAAAUAAUCAUACAAAUUAGAUACAUUUUACAUUUUAUAAAAUAAAAUAAAAAAUAAAGAAUAAUUUCAAAAUGUGUCUCACUGUAUAGCGGGAUAUUUGAGACAAAAAUAUUUGUUUGUAGUUGUGAUUAGAGUGCAUUUAUUUAUUAAUUGUUAUUAUCAUUAUUUGACAUUUGUUUCCUGCAUUAACUCUAAUAAAUAUUUGAGAUGCUUUCAGUUUUGAAACUAACUGCUUUUCAUUAUUGGUCAAUUGUUAGGUUAAAACCUUUGUGGAAUUUGUGCCUAAUGAAGUCAUGGGACACCAAAGUGUAUCCUAUUUACGGAAAAGUGCCAAUAUGACACGGUUUAGCAUUCAUUUGAGAAUUAAUGUAUUUUAGAGUUUUAUACUUUUGUCAAUAUAGUCUGAAGUAAUGAUGCUUUGCUGUCAUGUCAUAUUUUGUCUGGGUUUGAAUUUCAGCAUCAUCUUGAUGUUUAGAUUUUAGAAUCUUGAUUUAUUUAUCUGAUAUAUGAUAAAAAACACUCAAAUUUCAGGGAUGCUUUUAAAAUUAAUAAAACCAUUUUAAACCCA